CGAAAAAAUUUGACGAAAUAUUUACAAAGAAAAGUACAAGGAAUAAGCGAUCAUCUAUUCUUUUCAGAGAAAACAUAUGUACGCUAUAUAUGUGGAGUAAAAUUAAAUAUGGGAGAAGAACAAAAGAAGCAUUCACCGGUUCUUCAGAGAGAAGGAACAUUUCAGUGCGAAAUAUGUGGAUUAAACUGUAGUAAUAGAAAAGCGUUUAAUAGUCAUUUAUGUUGUCAUUCGAAAUUGAAACCACAUGUAUGUGAAACUUGUGGUAAAGCCUUCAAAAGAAGAAGUCAUUUAAAGGUGCACACACGCAUUCAUACAAAAGAAAAACCUUAUGUAUGUGAAGUCUGUAAUAACGCUUUCAAUACAAGAAGUACAUUAACGCGACAUUUGAGUAUUCAUACAAAAGAUAAACCUUAUGUCUGCGAUAUUUGUAAUAAAGCAUUCGCUCGUGUAUCUUAUUUAAAGGAACAUUUGCGUAUUCAUACAAAAGAACAACCUUAUGUUUGUGAAUUCUGUGGCAAAAAUUUUUCACAAGCAAGCGGUUUAAAAAGACAUUUACGCAUCCAUACAAGAGAAAAACCUUUUGUUUGUGAAAUUUGUAGUAAAGCAUUCACCGAUAGAGGUGCAUUAACCAAACAUUUACGGAUUCAUUCGAAGGAAAAACCUUAUGUCUGUGAAGUCUGUAAAAAACCUUUUUCUGAUUUAUCGAAUUUAAGAACACAUUUACGCACUCAUAAGGGAGAAAAGCCCUACGUUUGUGAAGUUUGUGGCAAUAAAUUCAGUGAUAAAGCUAAUUUCGGGAGACAUUUACGUAUGCAUACAAAAGAAAAGCCUUAUGUCUGUGAAGUUUGUGCAAAAGCUUUCAGCAGAAGAAGCAGUUUAACAAAACAUUUACGUGCCCAUGCACGAAAAGAAAUUUAACUUGUGAAUCUUGAGCAAAGUUUUAUUCCUUAAAUGUUAUUUUUUAAACAAUUUCAUUCUAAUGUAAACGAAGAUUUACUAUUAAUGCAGACUAUGGAUAUGCUUUUUGUGAAACAUGUAACUUAUCAAUUUUAAGAAUUUGCUGAUAAUUUAAAAUUUCUGAAAUAUCAGUUUGAAUAUAAGUUAUAAGCUCAUUAUAGAAAUAUGUGGAGGAACAUACUGAAGGAAUUGUUGGAUAAACUAAUAAAACCUGGUUAAGUUCCAUUGCUUUUUAUAACCAACAUGGAUAAAUUCGAUAUUACACAUGUAUUUUUGUUUAUCCAGCGUGCAUAAAUUUCAUACUUUGUAUAACAAACAAUACACUAAUCAUCAUGUUCUUAUUUUACAUGGAAAAAUCUAUUUAAUUUAUCCUUCAGAGGAAUUCAAUUUACCGUAACAAACUACAAUGUGACUUCUUUGAAACCCGAAUAUGGGAAAAUAAUGAAUAGCAUGAUUCUGAAGCACAAAGUAAUCAGUGAGAAUGGUGAUUUUCAAUUGAGAACCAAUGACAACUGUGAAUUUUAAAGCACAUGCUGUGUUACUUCCGAAUCAGGCGAUGAAAAUUUACGAAGUGAGUGAAUUGUCCAGUGCAGAACAGGUAAAGCUUUCCCAUUCAGAUUACGCUGAUAGCUAAUUACAUACUGUUGUUAUUUAAGCUAUUUAGAAUUCUUUUUAAAGCCAUCUUUCAUUGCAGAAACAAUGAUGAGUACAUUUUAAAA